GAUUAAUGGAAGCGAAGACAAAAAAAUCGUCAAGAACCGGAGAUUAAAACACCCCAAACGGCAUUGUUAGAACUAUUCUGCAUAUGAUUUUCAUCCACCCGUCAAAAUGAUUCACAGCUUGUUCAUGAUAAACUCCUCAGGGGAUAUCUUUAUGGAAAAACAUUGGAAGAGUGUUGUAAGCAGAUCAGUAUGUGACUACUUUUUUGAAGCACAGGAAAAGGCAUGCAGCAAGGCUGAUGUUCCUCCCAUCAUUGCAACUCCGCAUCAUUAUCUCAUCAGCAUAUACAGGAGUCAGAUCUACUUUGUUGCUGUGGUACAGACAGAAACUCCCCCUCUGUUUGUGAUUGAAUUCCUACAUCGAGUUGUAGACACAUUUGCGGACUAUUUCUCAGAGUGCACCGAGACGUCCAUUAAGGAAAACUAUGUGGUUGUAUACGAGCUUCUAGAGGAAAUGCUUGAUAAUGGGUUUCCUCUGGCGACGGAAUCCAACGUUCUCAAGGAGCUCAUCAAACCUCCCAACAUUCUCAGGACGGUGGUCAAUACCGUCACAGGAAGUACAAAUCUGAGUGAUACCCUUCCCAGCGGUCAGCUUUCCAAUGUCCCAUGGAGGCGAAGUGGGGUGAAAUACACCAACAAUGAAGCAUACUUUGAUGUCAUUGAAGAAGUAGAUUGCAUCAUCGACAAGUCGGGUUCGACUGUAAUUGCCGAGAUCCAGGGGUACAUAGAUUGUUCUGUGAAGCUGACUGGAAUGCCUGAUCUUACCAUGUCCUUUGUCAAUCAUCGUCUCCUUGAUGAUGUCAGCUUUCACCCUUGUGUCAGAUACAAAAGAUGGGAGUCUGAGAGAGUUCUCUCCUUCGUACCACCUGAUGGUAACUUCAGACUUCUCUCAUAUCACAUAGGUGCUUCCAACCUUACAGCCAUUCCAGUAUACGUGAAACCUAACAUCAUGAUGAGGGAGACGUCUGGACGAUUUGAAGUGAUGGUGGGACCCAAACAGACGAUGGGCAAAACUGUUGAGAAUGUCGUCGUGACCUGUGACCUUCCCAAGCAAGUGCUGAACAUGACCCUGACCCCUAGCCAGGGUAGCUAUAGCUUUGACCCCGUUGGAAAGGUCAUGUCAUGGGAGGUCGGAAAGAUCAACCCACAGAAGCUUCCCAGCAUUAAAGGAAGUAUGUCUCUACAGUCUGGUGUCCCACCUCCAGAAGCUAACCCGACCCUAUCAGUGCAAUUUUCCAUCAAUCAGCUGGCAAUAUCAGGACUUAAGGUCAAUAGAUUGGACAUGUAUGGAGAGAAAUACAAGCCAUUCAAAGGAGUAAAGUACCUAACGAGAGCUGGUAAAUUCCAAGUCAGGACAUGAUAAAGAAUUACUAAUUAUGAAAUUAAUGUAUAUUACAGUAUAUAUCAAAUGUCUUGCUUUGUAUAGAUAUUUAAAGGUUAUAGAAAAAGUACUUAUUUGUGCAACUCUGUAUUGUCUGCAAAAUUAUGUACUAGAUUUUCUUUGAUGGAAGUGACUUGUGCUACUCUUAUGUUUGACAUUACCACUAAAUAUUAGUAAAAGUGACAGAAGUUUCUCUGUAUUGCCUUUGUAUGAGUUUAUAUAUAGAUCUAUAGAAUUUAUUUGCUAUGUAGAUUUUUAUUGUAAAUGCACAUAUUUUGUGUGAGAAGAUGCAUAUGAGAAUUGAAACUGCAUGUGUACGAGUUGGAGUCAUCGUUUAUUUAUAUAGCAAUACAAAUAAUUUGUAACACCCAAAUCCACCUGUCAUUAGAACAAAAUUUUCUUUAAAAAAUCCCAUCACAAAUGUAAGUCCUACUGAACAGAAAUUUACUUGAAAUAAAAGGUAUGUUCUCAAAGAUUGAACUCUUUUUAAUUCUCAAUCUAUUGUUCUUGGACAAAGGGGUUCCAUUGCAUUAGCUCUGGCUACAAUCGCUCCGCUUUAAAUUCCACAUGCUAAUUGAAUGACUAACUUCAACCCUGGGAUUAAUAUUACACCCUACCCUAGACCUAAUGUACAACCCUAACCCUACUUCUUAGACGCAAUUAAACCCAGAGCAAUUGUCGCAGGAGCAAAUGUCCUGUCGCCGACAGAGGAUGAUAAAACUUCUCAGUAGAAUUGCAUCCUGUCCUUUGUUAAUUCAAAGAAAUGAUGGAGCUGCAUACUCUUUGGUGUUCAGAAAAC